CCCUCCACUUAUCCACCACCGCGAGAAAUCUCAAUCUCAAUCCCCAAACCGUAGCAGCAGCAUCAUCCCUCCCCUCGCAUCCGACCCCCCCAGCCCCGAUGGCCCGCACGAAGCAGACGGCGCGCAAGUCCACCGGCGGCAAGGCGCCGAGGAAGCAGCUGGCGACCAAGGCGGCGCGCAAGUCCGCCCCGGCCACCGGCGGCGUGAAGAAGCCCCACCGCUUCCGCCCGGGGACCGUCGCCCUCCGCGAGAUCCGCAAGUACCAGAAGAGCACGGAGCUGCUCAUCCGCAAACUCCCCUUCCAGCGCCUCGUCCGGGAGAUCGCCCAGGACUUCAAGACCGACCUCCGCUUCCAGUCCUCCGCCGUCUCCGCCCUGCAGGAGGCCGCCGAGGCCUACCUCGUCGGCCUCUUCGAGGACACCAACCUCUGCGCCAUCCACGCCAAGCGCGUCACCAUCAUGCCCAAGGACAUCCAGCUCGCGCGCCGCAUCCGUGGGGAGCGCGCCUAGGCUCCGCACGCGCCCUGCCCGCUUCGCUUGGUUGCUAGCAGCUGUCUAUGAUUCUGUAGUUGUUUGCCCUCCUUGUAUGUCCUGUGGAUGCCAUCGAUUGUUCAAAUCUCUGGUUUGAUUAAUGGAAUCACACAUCUUUUAUGCAAAA